UUCACCUUCUCCAAAAUGUAAUUCUAUUUUUUCCCCUUCCUUGUCUCCUUUAUUCCUCUCCCUCCGUCUCUCUUUCUCUCUCUCUCUCUCUCUUUCGCACCCUGCUCAGCUUACACACACACACACACACACACACACACACACACACACGGGUUUGUGGGCCAACGUGUCUUUAAGUGGGUAUUAAAAGAAGCACCUUCUCGGAAGUCGCUCAGUCGCUCUUCUGGCAUUUGAGAAAGAGGCAGCCUCUGCGCUCCCCUCCUCGAUCUGCUGGUUGAUUUUUCUAAAAACUUAUUUUUCCUAUUAAACAUUUCUUUCCUUUUUCCUUUUUUCCUUUUCUGUUUUUUAGCUUGGCUGAGGCCGGAAAGAUUCCCUCUUCCCACCCACCUACUCCCCCAAAAACAGGGGGAACUCCUCUCCAAAAUUAAUUCGGGGUGAUUUAUUUCGGGUUUUUUUUUGCUUGAAAGUUGGAGAGAGACGCCGGGGAAUAAUCUGCGAGAGACGGAAACGCAGCUACCUGUUGAGGCUAAUUUUUUAUUUUAUUUUCAAGGGGUGGCGUAGGUUUUUUUUUCCGGCUACCCCGCGCGCUGAAGGAGAGAAAAAAAUAUUGCAAUUCUUGCGUUCUUCUUAUUUUUAUUAUCCGCCUGACUUUUCUCCGACUUGCAUUUAAAAAAAAACACACACACAACUUUCCCAGGCGACAAAAAUGUUCUUCCUAGGAUAUUUGCUGUUUAUUGGCGGAUUGACCCGGGUUCUUUCGAGUUAUCCCAUCUGGUGGUCUUUGGCUAUCGGUCAUCAGUAUUCCUCGUUGGGAACCCAGCCCAUUCUCUGUGGGAGCAUUCCUGGUCUAGUGCCCAAGCAGCUUCGAUUCUGCAGGAACUAUGUGCAGAUUAUGCCCAGCGUGGCCGAAGGAGUGAAGAUUGGCAUUCAGGAAUGCCAGCACCAGUUUCGUGGAAGGAGAUGGAACUGUACCACCGUCAAUGAUAGCUUGGCCAUCUUUGGACCGGUGUUAGACAAAGCCACCCGGGAAUCGGCCUUCGUCCAUGCCAUCGCGUCGGCUGGAGUGGCUUUCGCCGUCACCCGAUCCUGUGCGGAAGGAUCCUCCACGAUCUGCGGCUGCGACAACCGUCACAAAGGUCCCCCUGGAGAAGGGUGGAAGUGGGGUGGAUGCAGUGAGGACGUGGAGUUCGGCAGCAUGGUGUCACGGGAGUUUGCAGAUGCACGAGAGAACCGUCCGGACGCUCGCUCGGCCAUGAACAGACACAACAACGAAGCAGGACGGACGUCCAUCAUAGACCACAUGCAUCUCAAAUGCAAGUGCCACGGGCUGUCUGGCAGCUGUGAGGUCAAAACCUGCUGGUGGUCUCAACCAGACUUCCGGGUCAUCGGCGACUACCUUAAGGAUAAGUACGACAGUGCUUCUGAGAUGGUGGUGGAGAAACACCGAGAAUCCCGCGGCUGGGUCGAAACCCUGCGCCCCAAAUAUAACUUCUUCAAAGCGCCUACGGAGCGAGAUCUGGUCUACUAUGAAAACUCCCCCAAUUUUUGCGAGCCCAACCCUGAAACCGGCUCAUUCGGGACCCGCGACCGAGUUUGCAACAUCACCUCCCACGGCAUCGAUGGCUGCGACCUGCUGUGUUGCGGCCGCGGACACAACACGAGGACUGAGAAGAGGAAGGAGAAGUGCCACUGUAUCUUCCACUGGUGCUGCUACGUCAGCUGCCAGGAAUGUAUAAGGAUCUACGACGUUCACACGUGCAAGUAAAAAUGGAAUAACCUGCUCCAUCAUAGGAGAUGAACCAGAAGGAACAUUUUUUUUUUAGUUGGGGGAGAAAAAAAACGACUUCUUGAGAGUGAGUGAAGACAAACGGAGAGAGAGAGAGGGAACAAGUUAAAAUGGGUGGACUAGGAUAGGUCUAAUGUCUUCUGGGUGGCCACACCUGGAAGUUAACUUUGCAAUGCCGUCAACGAGAGAAACGAACAAACGGGUCGUUCACUCUCACUACCGCUCUACAGAGAAGAGAUGGUGAUUUCUUUAACUAGACAUAGAAUUGGGUCAGGGGGUGCUCUGUAGUUGUCUUCUGGGGGUGUCACCCCUUCCUUCUUUGAAACCACAAGUCAUCGGAUCUGUAGGUGAAUUCUGAACUCGGAAGACGAUUCUACGCGAGGAUCCUCGUGUUACAGCACCAAGCGUAAACCGGGACUUUAACUGUUGUAUAGGAUUGAAAACGGUCCACAGGUGAUGGUUUAUCAAAGAUCUCCCGUAACUACUUGAGGGGAACUAAAAGGAUCUGAAGAGACCCUUUGCUCUGUGGAUGGGCCGUGUGUGUGGUCUCCCAAACUGGAUGAUAACGGUGUCUUGUACCAUUACGGGAGGUGAUGUUUCCACCACACUUUGAGGAGACAAUCGUGCUCGUGCAGCAUGUUGGACAAAAGACACACACACACACACACAGACACAGGCUGUGGGUCAAGUAGGACUCUCUUAUGCUGCCUGGAAUCGGUCUCGAGGACAUUUGUUUUUUUCUCGUUCAGGCUGUGAGAAAUCGUCUCGUCGCGCUGGGCUCGUUAGCUACGCUUGGACAAUGCGGAUCCAAUAAAUGGUUCUCUUGUGAUCGAUGCCUUAUUGUAUGGUUAGCCAACAAAUAUUGUAUUGCAAUGAUAGAGAGAAGGAGAAACUGGAUCCUUCUCUCUGAAUAGUCUUCAUCUUUAUUUGAGCCAUGCAAGACAUGAAAUAAAAUGUUGAAUCCAUGGACA